UCUCACUCUUAAUUUUCAUUUUGAAUUCUCAGUUGAAAUGUUAAAACUUGGUCUGCAAGGGACCGUUGUCCUUCUGCUGGUACUUAUUUUUCAGGGUUGGACUGGUGGCUUUAAGUUCACUCUACUGCACACCAAUGAUAUGCACUCUUGGUACGAUCCCAUAUCCUCGAAAGGUGGGAAGUGCAAGUCUGGCGACGAUAAGAAGGGACUUUGUUUCGGGGGCUUUGCUCGGGUGGCUGCCGUGGUUGAAGCUGCCAGAAAAGAUAGAAGUGAUUCCGUUCUCUACUUAAACGGUGGCGAUUCUUUUCAGGGAACUCCCUGGUUUUCCGUUUACCGUGGGAAAAUGGUGGCCCAAAUGCUAAAUAUGCUGGCACCCGACGCCAUGGCCAUGGGAGUUCAUGAACUGGACGAUGGAGCCGAUGCAUUUGCCGAGUUUCUAAGCAUUGUCAACUUUCCAGUGGUUAGCAGCAACAUAAAUUUGAAAAGGGAACCCAAACUUGCGGAGAGCGAUAAGUUAGUGAAAUCCACGGUUAUCAGGAGGGGUAAACACAGGAUAGGGAUUGUGGGCUAUAUCAGACCGGAUACUAAGGAGCGCACUCAGCCCAAUGACAUAGUAUACAAACCGGAGGUGCCCGCCAUUAACAAGGAAACCAAGAAGCUGGUGAACCAAGGAGUCAAUAUCAUAAUUGCACUGGGUCACUCGGGCUACGACAUAGAUAAGGAGAUAGCCAAGCGGUGCCCGGAUGUGGAUAUCGUAGUGGGUGGCCAAUCCCACACGUUCCUGUACUCCGGAAAAGCUCCCAGCAAGGAAAUCCCGGAGGGUCCCUACCCCACAAUAGAGGUCAAGCCGGAUGGCCGAAAGGUCCCGGUUGUCCAGGCCUAUGCCUACACCAAGUACCUGGGAAACCUUUCUGUGGAAUUCGACAAAGGUGGAAAUUUGAUAAGUUUUAAGGGAAAACCUACUUUGUUGGAUAGCCGCUUCGAGCAGCGAAAAGAUGUCCUGGAUUUCCUGGAGCGGUAUCGCGGGGUGAUCGACGACAUGGAGCGCCAUGUGGUGGGGACAACCUCGGUCUACCUGAACGGCGAUCGAAAGAGCUGCGGUUACGGGGAGUGUAACUUCGGCAACUUCAUAGCCGACAGCUUUGUUUAUGCGCGUGUUCUGGAGACCAUGUCGGACAGGAGUUCCUGGACAGAUGCCUCCAUCGGGAUCAUCAAUGCGGGGGCCAUCAGAGCCUCCGUCGAUCCCGGCGAAACGGGCGCCAUCACAGAGGCCGAUGUGGUGACUGUGCUCCCCUUCAGCCACGACAUGUUCUACACCAGGAUAAGUGGCAGCCACCUGAUGAAGGCUCUGGAGCACUCUGCCCAAAUGCGAAGCAAGCGCAUGGACAGUGCCUUUCUACAGGUGUCCGGAAUCCGUAUGAAGUUCAAUCACAGUCGAUCGAGAGGGGAGAGGAUCACCGAGAUCAAGGCUCUGUGCUCCGAUUGCCAAAUUCCCCACUACGAGGCCGUCGAAACUGACAGAUACUACGGGGUGGUGCUCACCUCUUUCCUGUUGAACGGCGGCGAAGGCUAUAGCUUCAUCGAUCCAAAGCGGCCGGAGGUCCAAAACCUGACAAUUCUCGAUCGCGAUGCGGUGAUCCGGUAUCUGCAGGAGCACAAGGUCAUCUAUCCGGAACGGGAGGAACGCCAAACUCCUCAGGAGAGAUCACUCUUCAACACCGGUUGUAAAAGGGCUUUCCCGCCGUUCUUACUAAUAAUUUGUUUGGUAUUUAGUCACUGUGUUCUCGAGUAAAUGCGAAGUCCGAGUAAAUG